GUGGGCGGCCCUUGCAAAAAGCUACAAACAUACCUUAACCAGGAAGUAAAGUGGAGUGAUAUUCCACCUGCAUACCGUCCUCUGCAAGGUGUGCUCUUCAUUCAUGGAGCCUCAGUAAUCCUCUAGCUGUGGAGAUUCGCAAUUAUCUGCCUUUCCCAGAAACGCCGGUGCUGGCAAAAAUCGGACUCGUAUAGAAGAUUGAAUUUUUUUCAAAAAGAUGACCUUUUACUCCUAGUUCACAUUCAUCAAUAUGACGUGGAGGACAAACCUGUACAGAAACUCUACCUGAGAGAACGAGGAAUUAGCAUUAUUUCAGCCGUGAAUAUGGGAAACUUCUGCAGGAAGCAUUGCAGCUGUUGCCCACAGACCUGUAUACGCUCUGAUAAUACAUCUGAAAGUUACAAAGUACGUGACACUGUUAUUGUGAAUAAUCAUGCGGAGAAUGCUGGUUCACGUCCCGUGCUUUACCACGAGACACCCCAAAAGAUUACUGUUCCUGUACAUUCACGGAAAGACUCCAGCAUAGCCUAUGUGGCGUUAUUUGAUUACGAGGCCCGCACAAGUGACGAACUAAGUUUCCAUGCCGGGGACCUACUGCUUAUCUUAAAUUUUACUCAUGACAGUUGGUGGAAAGCUAGAGCCUUGAUACCUCGAGGGAAGACAGAAGGAUUUGUCCCAGCAAAUUAUGUGGCUCCAGUCCACAGCAUUGAGUCUAAACCGUGGUUCUUCCGUGAUAUGAAGCGUUCGGAUGCAGAAAAGCAGAUUCUCCAGCAAGACAAUAAGGCCGGGGCUUUUCUUAUCCGAGAAAGUGAGACCCAAAAAGGGAAUUACUCUCUUUCUGUGUAUGAUGGCAUCACCGUGAAACACUAUAGAAUCAGAACACUUGACGAUGGUGGAUAUUAUAUAACGCCCAAAAAGAAAUUUCAAGAUUUGGAGGCGCUUGUGGAAAAUUAUACGAAGGCGGAGGAAGGACUUUGCUGUAAGCUCAGAAAACCAUGCAUAAAGAAUGAAGUUCCUCUGCCUCCAGACUUGUGUUAUGAAACUGCUGAUCACUGGGAAAUUGACAGAAACUCCUUGAAGUUUUUGAAAAAGCUGGGGCAGGGCCAGUUUGGAGAAGUUUGGGAAGGAUUGUGGAACAAUACUAUAUCAGUGGCUAUUAAAACAUUGAAAACAGGAUCAAUGAAUGCCCAAGACUUUUUAAGGGAGGCGCAACUUAUGAAGAGCCUCAGACAUCCAAAGCUUAUCCAGUUAUAUGCAGUGUGCAGUUUGGAAGAACCAGUGUAUAUUAUAACGGAACUCAUGCGACAUGGCAGUUUGCUUAUAUAUCUACAAAAUGAUAAUGGUGAGACAAUCAAGGUACCCCAACAGUUAGACAUAGGUGCACAAGUGGCCUCAGGAAUGGCAUAUCUGGAAAGUCAAAACUUCAUCCACAGAGAUCUAGCAGCUAGAAAUGUACUUGUUGGGGAUUAUGGUAUAUAUAAAGUAGCUGAUUUUGGACUUGCCAGAGUUUUUAAGGAAGAUGAUGUUUACCAGGCCAAAAAAGACACAAAACUUCCUCUGAAAUGGACGGCGCCAGAAGCAAUCCGAAGCAACACAUUCAGUGUUAAGUCUGAUGUAUGGGCAUUUGGUAUUCUUCUUUUUGAAAUAACAACGUAUGGGAAAACGCCAUAUCCAGGCAUGAAUGGAAGACAGGCAUUCGAAAAAAUUGAACAAGGCUACCGGAUUCCUAAACCUUUCAACUGUCCCCAGGACCUUUAUAACAUCAUGAUGGAAUGUUGGAAUGCAAAUCCAGAAAACCGGCCAACCUUUGAAACCUUACAGUGGAUGCUUGAAGAUUAUUUUGAAACUGAAGAUUCAGCUUAUCAUGAUUCAAAUUCAUUUGCUAGUUAGAAUUUAGAUAGAUGGACCAGCCAUGAGACUCGAUUUAUAUGUUUUUAAUCACUUGAGUCAUCGAUACUGGAAAGGAACACAAAAUAUUUUCCUACUGAAGGACAAUCAAAAUUAGCAGCAUUUCAAUAAGUCAUUAAACUUGGACAUAACUACCUGAAGAAAUUAUUCACAUGGCUUUAAAAGGUUUAUGUGAAAAAAAUAGCACUUUCAUAGAAGAUAAGCACUCCGGAGGCAUAAUGUAGGCAUUUAGCGUUUACAAAGAGUUCAAGAAAAUGUGACCUUUCUAUCAUGGUGUUGGUGGCACUCUGUCAUCAUUCUGUCAUUUUGUGUGUUGGGAUAUAUAAUCUUAAGAAAGGUGGCUGGUCUCAGAGCAUGGGGCAUUAGUGUAACACACCUAUUUCAUGUUUGAAACAACUUCCUAACUUUCUACUUCUUGAAAAUUAUUUUUAGCAUAAAUAUUCACAGAGAACAAGUGAGCAUGAAAAUGCUACAAUCUAAAGGUGGCCAUACACAAGCCUUAGAUAAAAGGCUGAACCCUCCUACGUAGGAUGUUGGGGCAAAGAAAGAAUAUUUGUUCUUGUGGCUGAUAUGCAAUUGAUGGAGCUGUCUGGCAGCUGCUUAGAAUCUUCUCUCCACAGAGAGAAAAUGACAGUUUUUUUUUUAGUUGGGAGGAAAAGCAGUUACCUGAACAAGUUAUCUGGUACACUCCCUAGGGGUUCUAUUCUAGACCGUACUAGGAUGCUGAUUCUCGGCCAACUUUGAACAGUUAUGCAGAUGAAAGGCUUUCUGGAGAGAGGCACAGAGUUGCACAAUGAGAAGAAAGACCAUUAUUGGGUUGGAACAGGCUGAUUUGAGGUGUAGAAUCUAAGGAACCCUCUGUUCUUCACCUUUACUUCCUGCAAGAAGGUGUGACCCGUCAGAUACCCAAGUGGUAGCCCAUGGGAGAGUCCCUAAUAGUCUGACAGCAGAAAGUGGGCUUGGCUAAAGAAGUAGUAAGGGUAGAUUUGGUUUAGCAACAUGUAGGUGACCAUCAGCUUUGGAAUCAGUGUCGGAAGGUUAGGUAGUCAGAUCAAGUGAAGUCAGGUGGGCUGGGUCAAACACAAGAAAUCACAGAAAUGCAAACAGGAAAAUACAGUAAGCCAGAAACUCACUAAAGAGUACUGGAAAAUGUUGUGAUCGAAGGCCCUAGAGGAGUGAAGUCAGAUGCUGUAGCAAGUCCCGAUCCUGUGGCUGGACCUGCACAACAGAGACAGAGAUAUGGGUGUAGACAGCCAUGACGUCCUAUCAUCUUGUUGAAGUCACGGAUAUGGGUGGGCUGACAUGCCUGAUUCCGUUGAAGAUGAAGCAUCAUGGCUGCUGACACUAAUGUGUAUGACCAAUAACCAGCUUUACAUGCUUGAUUCUGAAUUCUCAUCUCUAUAUGUUUUUCAGCCAGUGGAGUCUUUAACUUGUUCAUAAAGUAAAUUUCUUGUUUUGACAGUUGUCUGAUGUAGAAAACUUGCCAGACGUAUUCCAUAUAUAUUACACUGGGAAAUUAUUUUAGCUAAAUCUUGUAUGGGAUUAUCUUCUUCAAUGGCACUGUUGUUGGCCAAUCCCCAGUUAUUUCUAUCAGUCAGUUUCUUUAAAAAUGUGUUGCAUAUAGAAACUAUUGUAUAUGUGUAAAAAACAAAACAAAACAAAAAAACAUUUGCAUAAGACUGCUGGGGCUAUAUAUGGCAGUUACCAAUUUUUAAAAGGAUUUUCCAGAACUUAAAUAUUGAUGUAAAAACUUUAAAACAGGUCAUAAAUAUCCCAUUGGUGAGGAUCCAACUCCCAGCACCCAUGACAAUCAGCUUUUAAAACGUGCCACAGCACUUAGGUGAGUACUGAGACCUGUGGCCUGUGACGUCUUGUUCAUCACUCACAUGGAAUUUCCGCUGUGAGAUCCAUUCAAGUGAAUGUGAUUUAGUUGCAAUACCAAGCACAGCCACUAUACAAUGUACAUUGCUAUGAUUGGUAUACCAUGAAGAGACCACAGUGCUUUUCCAAGCGUCAUGCCCCUUCAUACAGCUGAUCAGUGGGCAUGCUGGGAGUCGGACCCCGACUAAUUUGAUAUUGCUGAUGUAGGUUACCAGUACCAGAAACCCCUUUAAUAACUACAUAAUUGGCAUGAAUAUUUCCGUUUCUUGUAUCAUUUUAUUAACUUUGCCAUAGGACACCAUAUUACCUGAUUGGUUGUUUAAUAUCAUUAAACCAGUUCUGGGUUGUGUUGGUAUUUUUAUAGCUACUGGACACUGGUAAACCACUAAUAGCUUCCAUUACAUUGUUCCUAGGGAUAGUCAUCAGCUUGAGGCUGAUUUGUCAUGCAGAAUUAUAUUUACUAUAGUUCCUUGCUCCUACUUAUCUUGAUGUUAUAAUUGGCACUAACAAAGUGGCAUAUCUAGGAUUUGUCACUACUGCACACUAUUAAAGGGGUUAUGUCAUCUCAAACUUUGAUGGCAUAUCACUAGGAUAUUCCGCCAAAGUCGGAUAGGUGAAGGUCCCACCUGUGAGACUCACACCUUUUUGCAGAACGGGCCCCCAAAAGUGAAUGAGCGUGUACCAUGCAUAUGCAGCAUGCUCUCCAUUAAUUUCCAUGAGCACGCUUGGCUAUUUUUGGUAGGCCUAUUGAAAUUAAUGGAGAACACACUGCCCAAGUGCAGUCACCACUCUAUUCUCUUCUAUGGGACUGUCGGAGAUAGCCAGUGCUCGGCUAUUUUUGGCAGUCCCGUAGAAAUGAAUGGAGGUAGGCAACGCAUGCGUGUCUGCCCUCCACUCACUUUGGGGGUCCUGUUCCGCAGAUCGGUGCAGGUCACAGACGUGGGACUCGCAUCUAUAUAGAAUUGUUGGCAUCUUCUAGCAACAUGCCACCAAUGCCUAAAAUAGGGCAAACCCUUUAAAAGAUUUGAUUCACUUACAAUUAAAGUUGUAAAUAGAGAGAGGUUGCAGUCUCUAAUGCCUGUGGGGCACCUAUCUGUUGCAGUCUAUGGUAAAAACUGUCAGUAGAUCGCACAUUCAAGUCCCCUAAGGUGACUAAAAAUUACAAUACUAAAAGGAUGAUUUUUUUUAUGUGUAAAAACCAAAAGAUAUAAAAAAUUCAAAUUGCUCUCCUUUCCCAAUUUGACAUAUCAAACAAUAAUAAAACAAACAUAACUGAUAUCUCAGUUUCUGAAAAUGUACUAUUAUUUUCCUGUGCAGUGAAUGCGAUAACAGAAAAAAAUGGCCAAUUAGCUGUUUUUUGGUCACCUUACCCCUCAAAUAUUUGAAGUUAAAGUGUUAAAAAAGGUACUGAUAAAAACUGCAGUUGUCCCCACAAAAAAAAAACACCGCUCUGUAGGUCCUGUAUAACAAAUGAUGGCCAUUAAUUAUGGCAAUGCAAAGAAAAAAUUGUUUUUUUUCAAAGGAUUUUUUUAAAGUAGUAAACCAUGAUAAAAACUAUAUAUAUUUGGUAUCAUCGUAAUCAUACUGACCCAGAGAAUAAGGUUGUCAUGUCAUUUUUACCAUACAGUGAACAUUGUAAAAUUGAAACCCAUGUACUUUGGAAGGCAGGGAGUUAAAAAUGAAAAAUAAAAAUAGGGGUCCAGAAAGGGUUGAGGGGUUAACAAGAUCAUACAUUUUAUUUGCUUCCAGUUACUUUGGGGAGAGGGGGUCAGAUUUACUGUAUAACACAGGUGUGGGGUUGCCAAAUUCAAUAUUUGUCCUGGGUGUAGAAAGGCCUAUCUACAGCUCUGCCAACUAUGACUAAGCAGGAAAGUGAGUGUGAUGUGUGUGUGUGUGUGUAUGAGUAUAUACUAUUUGUUUAACAUGACAAACUUUUAUCUAUACUUUCAGCGUUGAACCUAUGAUUUUAUGUUUCUGAUCUGCAAAUAAAGCAAUGUUAAUAUUCUAAUAUUCUUGUGGUUGUAUUGUAGACUGUUCUUGAAGUGAUGAGAUUUAUUGCUGCGCAGCAGGUCUGUGUUUGUGUCUUUUAUGCAUCUGUUCUACAUUUACAAAGAAGGGAAACUGAUUGCGAGUGCAGAAAACAUGCACACAAUUGCUUUGUUUUGACUUCAAUUCUAGGAAUCAAUGCCA